UUUUUGUUUUUUCCUAUCAUCCUGGUUCUGUUUGGUUCCACAUUUCGUUUUAGUUUACCAUCGUAAGCCUUAGCUUAACACGUAGCAGUAAGCCAUAGACGCAGCAAAAGGACGUAUGCGAUGAUCCCGAGAACUAAAGUGUUUGUAGGCAGCUUGCCACCUGCGACGAAGCCGGAGGAAGUUCGCCGGUUGUUCGAAAACUAUGGCGUGGUGACGGAAUGCGACGUCAUGAAUCGAUGCGCGUUCGUCCACAUGCAGAAUCAAGAUAUGGCCGAAAGUGCGAUCCAGGCGCUGCACAACACCACCUUCAAAGGUGUGACGAUCGUGGUUGAGCGUGGCCGCGUCCGGGAGCGGCCCCCGGGAGGUGUUGGUGGCGGCGGCAUGGAUAGUGCGCGUGGUCGUCCCGGCGCCGGCCCAAUGCGAGGCUCACGCGGUGGAAUGCGAAGCCAACCGUAUGGUGUCGGUGGGUACGGAGCAGCACGCGUACCGGGAGGCUAUGGGGCACGUGCAAAUUAUGGCACCGGAGGUCGCUAUGAUGGAGGUUAUAGCUAUAGGAAUGAUGUUGGAUACAGUUCCUCCAGUAAUGCGUAUGGGUACGGGUACAGUAGCAACGGUGGCGGUUAUGGUAGCACUCGUCACACUAGCAGCGAGGAUCGCCGCGGCUUCACGUUACCAUCCUAUCCCUCCGACCCGAACAGGGGUACGUACGGUAGCAAUUACGAUGGCUAUUCCAGCUACGAUGGCUAUAGCAGCUAUGGUUACGAUACCACACAAGGAUCCUCCAGCUACCAGCGAUGGCCAUCUACAGCUCCACCAGCGGCAGAUAGCUACUCAUACGCUGGCGGCUACUCACAAGGAUCGGUGGACCCUGGGGCCGUCGGUCAAAGUACAGAUUAUAGUCAAUCUUAUCCUUCCAUGAGUGGUAGCUCAUCCGGAUACCGUGCAUCUGCAACCGCAUCUCCACAAUCCUACCGCAAUUCCGUUUCCGGGUAUGGACAACCCACAUCUGGCAGAAGAUUCUAA